AUGAUUAAACAACAGCAACCACAGCAACUUAAGGCGCAAAGCACCCAGGUCCUUCAGACCAUUACAUACGCCAUAUAUGCAUAUAAUUCAAAGACGGCAGAACAAACGCAAAGGUUGAAAUAUGGAGAUUUGGAGAUAGUAUUGAAAAAUGACCGUUUCGAAUUCGUUUGCAAGGGUGGUGCAGUGAUAUCAAAUAUAAAAGAAAUUUUAUUUAUGAAUUCAAAAAUUAAAGGAAUAACGGAUGAUAUAACAUCAAUUCCACCAGAAGAACAGAGAUAUUACGCAUUAAAUGCAUUUCCUAAAGUUUUGAAGAUUGGAAGAUUUAAUUUAAAUGAGGAAUUCAUAGAAGGUUUCCUAAAUGACAUAAUGAAGAAAGUGGAUAAGGAACAAGUGGUUAGUGAAUUAAUGAAAAAGGCAAAUUUGGUUUAUGUUGAUGAAAAAGAUAAUGAAAUUAAAGAAAGGGUUGAAUGGUAUCAUGAAUGGACAUCGAAGAUUUUUAAAACUAAAGCUGAUACAGGAUGGGUUUCAGGACGUUUAGACCUUAAAGCAGAUAAAACUUAUGUUAAUGAAAAUUAUGCAAAGAAGACGGAAGUAAAUGAUGUGAUUACAAGCAUGAAAAAUGAAAUACUUCAAACAUUAUAUCCUGUUGGUUCUAUUUAUACGUCAAUGAACUCAACAAAUCCAGAAACAGUUUUAGGUUUUGGUACGUGGAAGCAGAUUGUAAAUAAAUUCUUAUACUGUGCUAGAUAUUCAAAGACGGCAGGAGGUUCGAAGAAAAUUAAAGAAGCAAACCUUCCACCGCACACUCAUACAGGAACUACAAACUUUUCUGGCGACCAUAGCCACUCAUUAAGAGACCACCCAUUAUACAACUCAGACUAUGAAGUUGGUUAUGAUGUUUUAUCUCCAGCUUAUAACAAUUCAGCAAAAAAGGUUUUUCGAAAAACUAAACCAGGAGGAAAUCAUUCACACACUUUCACAACAAAUCCAACAGGCUUGGGUAAAGAUUAUAUGCCACCAUUUAUGACUAUGUUCGCAUGGUAUAGAGUUCAAUGA